UCAUCACUGAACUUUGAGAAACAUUCUGAAAAUUUUUCAUGGACAGAGAAUCAUUAUGAAGCAAAUCGCAGAAGACACGACUCUUCAGAUGGGUUUGAUCCUAAUAUUGGAUGGCCCAAUGGAGGGCAUUUUGGGAGAAAAGAGAAGAAUGGUUGGCGUUCACAAGGCAGAAAUGGUACAGAAAAUAUAAACCAUCAUGGGGGAUACCAUGGCGGAGGUUCCUGCACUCGUACCAGCACUUUCCACUGUGGAAAAAGCGAAGGACUGCAUGAAAACAAUGUAUCUGAUUAUGAAACUGGGAAAAGGGAAGACAAGGAAGUACCCAAACAGUUUGAGUCUGAGGAUUUUCCAUCUUUGAAUCCUGAAUAUGAGAGAACAGCAAACCAGAAGAAGUCUUUAGCUGCAGGUGUGUGGGGUGAGUACCCCACAAACAUAAAACUCAUUUCUCCAAGAAUGCUGGUCAUGAAAAAGGGCAGUACAAAAGAACUGCAGAUAUCUGGAUUCCCUGUAGUAGGAAGUCUUCAUUCACAGCCAGUAAAGAAUGGAACUAGCACAUAUGUUUAUAAAGGAUUAGUCCCUAAACCUGCUAUUCCACCCGCAAAGCCUACACAGUGGAAAAGCCAAGCAAAAAAAAACCAACUUGGGAAUCCAUUUUCUCAUGAAUCUGCACAUGGUAUUGUCAAUUUCAGUCUUAAAUCAACUGCCAAGGCAUUUACUAUAUCACAGAAUUCAGUGAAAGAGAGAUGUGAUUUGCCAAUCUUCAUCUUUUAUGAUCCAUUUUUGCUUGUGUAA